ACCCCGUGCCGGGAAACAAACUUCAAACAACAUAUGAGAGAGACUCGACAGACGGAGUCAUUUACACGUUCAUGUACCGAGAGAAACUGAACGCUUGCGAGGUCCGACUUUAUCAAACAGGACUCUUAAUGAUAAGAUCCUUUGACUAUUUCUUUCUAGAUUAAAAUAGAGUGGCUCUAUUAAGUGUCCUGCGAUUAAUACAAUAGUUACGUAAAACUAUUAAACUCAGUGUUGAAUUAGUCGUUUGCGCAUUCACUGUCAGCUGAGGCGAACAGGUGGCGCGUGCGUGCGUCGAAUUCCGUUACGUCUUUUGAAUUAAGUAACAGAAGGGACAGGGAUUCAGAUGUCCCAUUCUCACAGAGCUCUUAAUACGCUGGAGAGAUCCGUGGUAACUCUAGAUUCAGACUGUGGACAACAGGUUUAAUUCAACAGGCGCAGGGAUGCCCGACGCUGGCACAGACAUGGGGCUGGACAACGGCAGAAUUUUUGGGAUGAAAGCCCCGACUUCUGUAGGCACGGAAAACAUCCCUCCCUCAUCUCUAGGCAGCGGUCCUCCUGCAGAUAUCCUGCGAAACUUUUAUCACACGAAGAGAGUUGGAAAUUACCUGAUCGGAAGGAAGUUGGGAGAGGGAUCGUUCGCCAAAGUGCGCGAGGGGCUUCACGCGACCACGGGGGAGAAGGUGGCGGUAAAAGUGAUUGAUAAGAGGAAGGCCAAAAAGGACUCUUACGUCACAAAGAACUUGCGUCGUGAAGGACAGAUCCAGCAAAUGAUCCGUCACCCAAAUAUAACCCAACUGCUGGACAUCCUUGAGACGAAAAACAGCUACUACCUCGUCAUGGAGCUCUGCCCUGGUGGAAACCUAAUGAACCACAUUUAUGAAAUGAAAAGACUGGAUGAGAGAGAAGCACAGAAAUACGUACGCCAUCUAGUCAUGGCAGUGGAGCACCUACACAGGGCAGGAGUUGUUCACAGAGACUUGAAGAUUGAAAAUCUUCUCUUGGAUGAACAGGACAACAUAAAGCUGAUCGAUUUUGGGCUGAGUAACUGUGCUGGAAUUCUAGGAUACACUGAUCCCUUCAGCACACAGUGUGGCAGCCCGGCAUACGCCGCUCCUGAGCUUCUUUCAAGGAAGAAGUACGGUCCCAAAGUGGAUGUCUGGUCAAUAGGAGUCAACAUGUACGCCAUGCUCACUGGUACCCUACCAUUCACCGUGGAGCCAUUUAGUCUGAAAGCCCUGCAUCAGAGAAUGGUGGACAAAGAUAUGAACCCUCUACCUCCAUCUAUCUCAUCAGCUGCUGUCAGUCUGUUAAAGAGACUUUUAGAGCCCGACCCUGAUAAGAGACCCAACAUCCACCAAGUGAUGGCUGAUUCAUGGCUGCAGUUGGGCAACCCUCACACUGGAGUCCCUUACUUGAAUAGGAUCCACAUUGAGGAGAUCAACCAUACGGUCCUGCUACACAUGACUGAGCGAAUGGGCUACAAGCACAGCGAGGUGCUUAGUGCAGUGCUCACAAACAAAGCUUGUCACACACUGGCUGUUUACUUCCUCCUCAACAACAAGAUGAAGAGACUCUCGAAGGAGUAUAGGGAGAAACAGUACAGUAUGGAGAAGGAGAAAAAGAGUGAACUCUUUCAGACCCAAUGGAGGAAGCACAUUGAGAAGAUCACGAUUCCACCCAAGCAGACACCUGUCUAUCUUGCUGUGAGCAAAGGCCCUACCAAAGAGAAGAAACACAAAACAGGUCUUCUAAAAGCUGUGACCGGGGGUCUUAAAGAUGUUUACUCCGGACGUGGUGGUUGUAUCACCUCCUCCUCUCUGGAAUACCUGGAGAUCCACCCCCUGUUUCCAAACACUCCACAACAAGCCCGUCAUCAGCCCGAGACCCAGCCACCCCAGAAAGACGGCUCCAAAGAUUCCCCAAAAGUUGUCAACAUCCCUGCUCGUCCACCUUCAUCCCUUGGUGCCCAUUCUUGGGCUUCUGCAAGCAAGGAACUAACCAAAGAAGCUCCUCCAUCUCCAUGGUACAAGCUGACCAAUGGUGCACUCUCUCCCCCACGACAUGUGUCGGCCUUCCAGCCCGAUAGCUCAUACUUGAAGAAGGCCACGAUCCCCAGUCCGCCUGUUCUUAUUGUCAAACCCCAGCCCAAGAAAAGUCCUUCCACUACAGACUGGCCAAGCUCCUCAGAUUCCAGCAGCAGUCCACCCAGCAGUGGGGGUAGCGAGGAGCCCGACAGCCCUCAGCACCGGAGCAAGUUCCCUUCUAUGGGCAUUGGGCAGAUUUUAAAGAAGAAGGUGCCACCUUUCAGCUUCCCAUUGCCACCCUUCAGGCCAGAGCCUGCGGUGGAGGUGGAGUCUCCAACUCCGUACCAUAUGCAAACUCUGCUCUGCGCCUCAGGGGCUCUCAAAACCCUGUGCUGAUGAUGAGACUUUAUGGCCUCGUCAUACUUGCUGAACUUUUAGAAAAUGUUAUGUCAGAUGAAUGCAGUAAUAUUAUCUCACCAACAAUGCUCACAGUUUGGACAGUUGGGCUUCCAACGUGACAUGGAAACCGGAUUUAUUGUCAACCCCGCAGGGAGUUAUUUGUUGUAAAUGUGCACGCAUACCUAGCUGGAGUGAAGGCUUUUAGAGAACAUGCUCUGAACACUGACUUUAGCUAACAUAGGCAAAGGCAAGUUGACACUUAAAGUCAAAUUCACAUGCAUCAACACGUUCAACACACUUUUAGUUAAGUGACAUGUAGCAGCUGAGCCAACUGCUUUUACCACACAAAUAAAUUUUCUAUGAAACAAAGCUGUCACUGCCGACUAUAACCACAAUAAUUUGUACUUGUGUUUAGUAUCUCUGGGUUUGUGUACAGAAAUACAACAAAGACUGUUAAGGAAUGGUUGGAGGGUUUUAUGAAAAUGUGCUUAUUUCAGCAAAUAAUAUUAAUUAUUUGUCACUUUUUUCAACCUCAAAUUGUAAUGAAACUCAGGUCAACGACACUGAACUCUAAAGAUUUUUUUUUUCUCCUAUAUCCUAACUUUGAACCUGUGGUGAAAUAUGGUCAAUAUUUCAUUGGAAGACAACAUUCCUCUUUCUUCCCCUAAGGGAUUGCUGGCAUUUUGUAUAGCCUUAACUACCUUGCAUUAAGCCUUUAGGCUGAAAGCUUUUUCAGUAGUAUGAGUUGAUAAUGUUUAGUGCUCAAGAUUCAUUUUACCUGCAAAGCAUCAUGUUGAGUGAAAUAAUGGUUUGUGCAAUAGUAUGUACAUAUAUUAGAUGGCUGAACUGGUUAUGACCAGGGUGGUGUUUUUCUCCAUUGAACGAGAGAGAGAUUUGACUAUAGUCUGUACAUGCAAGUGUCUUUCAUUAUGUGUUUUCAACCUUGAGUCAUAAUGUCAUUUCACAUUACACUAGAUUUACAAAGCAGUAUGUCCUGUUUCACAUUCUUCAAGUGCACAGAAGACUAUGAGCUGUGAGAAAAUGAACAUUUUCUGUUUUAAACACAUUUGCAUGCACUCUGCAAUUUUGAAAAAAAUGUGAUGUCAGUUUUUGGUGACAUGUCUUUGUACUUUUGUUAUGGUUGAUGAAUUUUUGUAGGUUUUUGUAUUGAUUUGCUUUUGCCAAGUUAAAGGAGCUUUUUAUCCUGUAAAAAAGAUUUAAAAUAUUUAUAUUCAAAGAUUAUUUGUGUUCUGAAUUUUCUAUUUUGACACAGCAUGUGUUACCUUUUAGCACAAACAAAUAAAUGCACAAUAAGUAAAUGCAG